AUGAGUCUACUCGCGCGAGGAAAUGACGCUCUCAUUGUCAACCCCGUAACAGGGGCCAACGAGACUCUUUCUUUGAAUGGAUCUGACUGGCUCUGGGCUGUUACAGCCAUCUAUGUCCUAUCCUUUGUGGGUUCUGACUCUCUCAGCCUUAUUUUCAAUACAUGUCAUCGACUAACACACGGAGUCAUCCAGAUUGGACUUCUGAUAUUAUCAUUCGCCGCGAAAGAAAGCGAAAGAGUUUUCCAUUAUCUUUUCACGUUUGCUCUUCUUGUCGGUGCUAUCACCUACUACGCCCAGGCCUCCGAUCUCGGCUGGAGCACUGUAGAGCAAGUCGAUAACCUCGGCAACGGAGUUGUUCGGCAGAUGUUCUGGGCCAAAUACGUAAAUUGGACUGUCGCCUUUCCCUCGCUUGUCCUAGGGCUCGGUCUAGUAUCGGGCGUCUCUUGGACCACCAUCUUCUGCAACAUCGCCAUUGCGUUGUACUGGGUCGUCAGUUACCUCGUAGCUGCUUACACUACGUCAGAUUACAGAUGGGGUUUCUUCGCCUUCGGCACAUUUGCAUGGCUCAUUCUCGCCAUGAGCACUCUUAACGAAAGCCGGGAAGCUGCCGCCCUGCUGGGUGUGGAUCGCGACUAUAUCAUUCUUGCCGGGUGGUUAAACAUCUUGUGGGUGCUUUACCCUGUCGGCUUUGGUCUGACAGACGGUGGCAACCGCAUUAGUGUGACUGGUGGCUUUAUUUUCUUUGGGGUGUUGGAUGUUCUCAUGGUCCCAGUGUUGAGCUUUGCUGUGCUGUUCUUUGCUCGGAACUGGGAUUACCGCAAGCUGAGCAUUGCAUUCAGUGACAGCCGGCCCAGCUGA